UGUGUAUGUGACACAGGUGGCCUGCUCCUUUCCACAGUGACUGCCAAGGUGGACCCCAGUGGCAGCAGCAGCAGCAGCAGCAGCAGCACCAGCAUCCACCUGCUGCAAGGGCAGAGCCUGACCCUGACCUUGGAGAGCCCCUCCGGUAGUAACCCUUCGGUGCAAUGGAAAGGUCCAGGGAAUAAAAGCAAGAGUGGGGUCCACAGCCUCUCACUGUCCCAGCUGGAGUUGCAGGAGAGUGGCACCUGCACAUGCACUGUCUCCCAGAGCCAGAAGACAUUGGUGUUCAACACAAACAUCUUGGUGCUGGCUUUCCAGAAGGUCUCUAACACGGUCUAUGCGAAAGAAGGGGAGCAGGUGGAGUUUUCCUUCCCGCUCAACUUCGAAGAUGAAAACCUGACGGGGAAGCUGAGGUGGAAGGCAGAGGGGGCUCCCUCCUCCCUGCUCUGGAUCUCCUUCACCUUGAAGAACAAGAAGAUAUCUGUGAAAGAGGUUGACCAGUACUCCAAACUCCAGAUGAAGGACUCACUCCCGCUCCACUUUACCCUGCCCAACGUUUUGUCUCGUUAUGCCGGUUCUGGAAACCUGACCCUGGUCCUUGACAAGGGACAGUUGCAGCAGGAAGUAAAACUCGUGGUGAUGAGAGUGACUCAGUCUGGGAACAAUUUGACCUGUGAGGUGCUGGGACCCACCUCCCCUGAGCUGACGCUGAGCUUGAAACUCGAAGAGCAGGCUGCCAAGGUCUCAAAGCAGCAGAAGAUGGUAAGGGUGGAGGACGCCGAGGUGGGAACAUGGCAAUGUCUACUGAGUCACAAGGACAAAGUCUUGCUGGCAUCCAAGGCCGAGGUUUUGCCUCCUGUGCUCACCAGGACCUGGACAAAUCUCUUGACCAUCGUGCUGGGCGGGGUCCUAGGCCUUGUGCUUUUCACUGGGCUCUGGGCCUACUGCUGUGUUAAGUGCUGGCACCGCAGGCGCCAGGCAGCUCGGAUGUCUCAGAUCAAGAGACUCCUCAGUGAGAAGAAAACCUGCCAAUGCUCCCACCGGUUACAGAAGACAUGUAAUCCCAUUUGAGGCACAGGACCAGGGAGCUUCCCACUUGCAGUGCAGCCUCGCCAGCUGUCUCCCCUUGCGUUUCCUGCUGGGCUUCUGGGCCUGCGGACCAGAUGAAUGUAGCAGACCCCAACAUUUCCGGCCGUCUCCUGCUCUCUUUGUCCACACUUGGCCAUUGGCUCUCCUCUUGCAGAGGCUUACACCAUUUCCUCCCCAUUUCCUUUGCAUCAAGCCUACCCCUGAUCCAUGAUUUCUUCCCAGCUCCCUCCCCCAUUGCCUCCUGGGCCCAGGGAAUCACAUGCGACCAGCCGUACCUGGCAUGGAGGGCAAGGGUGGGUAUCUGAAGCAUGAAGGAUAGGGCUGCCAUUUUAUUGGACAGGACCUUGGGACCAGAGGGGACAGGCACUAGCCCGAGAUCACACAGGCAGUCAAGGGCACAUCCAGAUCAAAAGCCUCCUGACUGCUAGUGUCCACUGCUCCAUUCUCCCCGCUUCCUCACUCUGUUUUGGCAGGGCACGGACUCACAUCCUGACCUGUGCACAAACAGGCACCGCUGGACACAAACCCAUGUACAUAGCCCACCCUUGUGCACAGACACAAUUCCUUUAUCACCCAAGCAGUACGUCUCAGUUUAUGAGCCAGUCUCACAUCCUUUGUCUGUUUAAACCUUAUGAAACUCUUACGGAGCUAGUACUGACAGGACCAAGAUUAGCAUCUCCAGUUUAUAGACCGGAAAUGGAACUCAGAGAGGUCAGAUGAUUGCCCAAGGUCACACAGCUAGUACGUGCCAGAGUCAGGACUAGCGCAGGUCUCUUAACCCCUAGUUCUGUGGCUGUUUCCUGAACACAGACACAAACACCACGCAAAUCUCUGCAUCUGUUUAGUCACUGAUGCCCAGUACCCACCUUUGGAUUCAUAAAAGCACACCACCCCACUCAGGGUCUGCCUCAGAGAGUUCAGAAACACAGAAGAGGGCCUCCCUGCCUAAAAUCCCUCUCUCUCACCUGCUGGUGGCAGAAUCCUGUUACCAGAGGACAAAAGCUGGCAGUUCUCCUAACCAGAGCACAGGCUGGGAACACAGGCCCUGUGGGAGAGAGUGACCAGUGACCUACCACUCACCCUGUUGCGGAACCUUCUGGAAGGUGAGCUUUGCCAGGGGGAGGGGGCGAGGAGCUGGCUGGAGAGAGAAUACUCUGAGAGGACCUCGUGGAAGGGUUCAGUCCCUCUGCCCUGCACUUUCCUUCAUCCCUCCUCCAAACCAUUCAGGAAGCAGGAAAAUUGGGGUUACAAGUAUUUUUCCUCCUCUUCUUGAACCAUCUCUCUCAGGAACCCUCAGCCUCCUCUGCCUUUCCUUCCUUCCCUUUCUCACCACCUGUGUCAGUCCCUACCCCCUUUCCCUUGUCUUCUCUUUCCAGCUUGCCCCUUCCAGGGAGGACACCCAGUUCACACCAAGGCUCCCCACUGCUUGCUUCGUAUUCCUGCCUGCUCCCGCCCUGCCUCCCUGAGCUGACAGAAAAAUACAAUAAACUUACUGUAA